CCCUAAACCCUAAUUUCCCGAAACCAUGCUGAGGACGUUUUCACUCCAAGCUCGCAAUCUGCUUCAUUCUGUUCCGAAGAAGAAGGCAAUCCCUAGUCCAUCACUCGUUCGGCUUGCCGGUUCGAAUCGUUCUCGUCUCAGGCUGUUUUCGUCCAAGUCCAACUCGCCGUCCAAUGACGUAGACGACGUCGAUAGCCAAGAGCUGAAAAGACGGAUAGAUAAGUUCUACGAGGGUGAUGCAGAUGCGGUGCCAUCAAUUUUCGAGGCCAUUCUGAAGAGGAAGCUCUCAGGGAAGCAUGAAGACAGUGAUGAUGAGUUGGUGAAAGAACUUCAGGAAAGACUUCCUAUAACUGAAGCUGACGACGAAGAAACAGAUUCUGAUACGGAUUCCAGUGAGACUGAUGAAGAAGAGUUUGAUAUUGAUUCGUAUGGGAGUCAUCAAGAAGUCAAUGAUUCAGAUACAACCAAGCAAAGGAGGGGGAGGGAAGAAUAAUAACUUCAAUAUGGUUGGAAUCAUGUUCUAUGAUAGUGGAUGUCUAUGAACAUUCUCUCUCUCUCUCUCUCUCUCUCUUUUUCCUGUCUUUUUGACUUUGAUUUAUCAGGAGAGAGGAUUUGUAUUAUGUUGAUUGAGUUCUUUUGGCACAAUGCAGGGAUAUAUAUGUUUUGGUGCAGAAAGUUUGAAAGUUCUUAAUAUAAAAGCAUUAGGGGAUAGUGCAACAUUACAUAAGGAGACUUAUGAUGAAGAAUUCAUUUAGCUCAUUGCACUUGGAAUAGAAUUUGCUUUUGUGCU